CUCCAUGGUAACGACGCUCGGCCCGAAGAUGGCGGUCGAGUGGGGCGGAGGAGCCGGUUACUCGGGUUCAGGCCCCGGCCGGAGCCGGUGGCGCUGGAGCGGUUCUUUGUGGGUCCGAAGCGUUUUCCUCCUGUUGGGCGGGCUGCGGGCAAGCGCCACGUCUACUCCCGUCUCCUUGGGCAGUUCCCCUCCCUGCCGGCACCACGUCCCCUCUGACGCUGAGGUCAUAAAUAAAGUUCAUCUUAAGGCAAAUCAUGUAGUAAAGAGAGAUGUUGAUGAGCAUUUAAGAAUCAAGACUGUUUAUGAUAAAAGUGUCGACGAGUUGCUCCCUGAGAAAAAAAAUCUUGUAAAGAACAAGCUUUUCCCACAAGCUAUUUCUUAUUUAGAGAAGACUUUUCAGGUCCGUAGACCUGCUGGCACUAUCUUACUUAGCAGACAAUGUGCAACAAACCAAUACCUCCGGAAGGAAAAUGACCCUCACAGAUACUGCACCGGAGAAUGUGCCGUGCACACGAAAUGUGGCCCGGUUAUUGUUCCAGAGGAACAUCUCCAGCAAUGCAGGGUCUACCGUGGGGGUAAGUGGCCCCAUGGAGCAGUGGGUGUGCCAGACCAAGAAGGCAUCCCGGAUGCAGACUUUGUACUUUACGUUGGUGCUUUGGCCACUGAGAGGUGCAGUCAUGAAAACAUCAUCUCUUAUGCAGCCUACUGUCAGCAGGAAGCAAACAUGGACAGGCCAAUAGCAGGAUAUGCUAACCUGUGUCCAAAUAUGAUCUCUACUCAGCCUCAGGAGUUUAUUGGGAUGUUGUCCACAGUGAAACAUGAGAUUAUUCAUGCCCUGGGUUUCUCUGCUGGACUGUUUGCAUUCUACCAUGAUAAAGAUGGAAAUCCUCUCACUUCAAGAUUUGCAGAUGGCCUCCCACCUUUUAAUUAUAGUCUUGGAUUAUAUCAAUGGAGUGAUAAAGUAGUUCGAAAAGUGGAGAGAUUAUGGGAUGUUCGAGAUAAUAAGAUAGUUCCUCACACUGUGUAUCUCCUGGUAACGCCUCGUGUUGUUGAGGAAGCACGAAAACAUUUUAAUUGUCCACUUCUGGAGGGAAUGGAGCUUGAAAAUCAGGGUGGUGUGGGCACUGAGCUCAACCAUUGGGAAAAAAGGUUAUUAGAGAAUGAAGCAAUGACUGGUUCUCACACUCAGAACCGAGUACUCUCUCGAAUCACUCUGGCAUUAAUGGAGGACACUGGCUGGUAUAAAGCAAAUUACAGCAUGGCUGAGAAGUUAGACUGGGGCCGAGGAAUGGGCUGUGACUUUGUCAGGAAGAGCUGUAAAUUCUGGAUUGAUCAGCAGAGACACAAGAGGCAGAUGCUGAGCCCUUACUGUGACACGCUCAGAAGUAAUCCACUGCAGUUAACUUGCAGACAGGACCAGAGAGCAGUUGCAGUGUGCAAUCUGCAGAAGUUUCCUAAACCUUUACCACAGGAAUACCAGUACUUUGAUGAACUCACUGGAAUACCUGCAGAAGAUUUGCCUUAUUAUGGUGGAUCAGUGGAAAUUGCUGACUAUUGCCCUUUCAGUCAGGAAUUCAGUUGGCAUUUAAGUGGUGAAUAUCAGCGCAACUCAGACUGUAGAAUAUUGGAAAAUCAACCAGAAAUUUUUAAGAACUAUGGUGCUGAAAAGUAUGGACCUCAUUCAGUUUGUCUAAUUCAGAAAUCAGCAUUUGUUAUGGAAAAGUGUGAGAGGAAGCUGAGUUACCCUGACUGGGGCAGUGGAUGUUAUCAGGUUUCUUGUUCUCCUCAAGGUCUGAAGGUUUGGGUCCAAGAUACUUCUUAUCUGUGUAGUCGGGCUGGGCAGGUCCUCCCUGUCAGUAUUCAGAUGAAUGGCUGGAUUCACGAUGGAAACCUGCUCUGCCCAUCGUGUUGGGACUUCUGUGAGGUCUGUCCUCCGGAAACAGAUCCUCCAGCUACUAACCUGACCCGAGCUCUUCCACUGGAUCUUUGCUCCUGUUCCUCAAGCCUGGUUGUCACCCUCUGGCUUUUGCUAGGCAAUAUCUUUCCUCUGCUGGCUGGAUUUCUUCUGUGUGUGUGGCACUAGGAAUGGAAAGUGGAUUUUCAAGGUACUCUUUUAUGUUAAGUUCCUGUGAACAAAGCACAAAAUUUGAGCAAGUACCAACCUGUGCAGAUGGCAGAAGUGGCAUUCCUGACUUUGGCUUGGAAGAGUUGACUAUGAUCAGACCUUGAAACAAAACUUCACAGCAGUCUUGCCUCACCCGCAACCCAACCACCUCUUCUUGAAGAAGAAGGAAAUGCAAGGCACCAAGUCUUUUUAUGUUUCAGGAUUUGUAGUCUUCUAAUGUUUUCUUUUGAAAAUAGGAUAAAGGGUGGAAUUUUCAGAGUGAUGACAUACCUCAACAUUUUUAUCAACAUAAAACAAUGGGAAAGUUCAUCAUCCAUACUGCAGUAAUUUAAACAACAGCCAAUUAUUGCAAGAUUAGAAUUGGAGAUCUUGUCCUCAAAAGUGUAAAUUGUCCUUUGAUUUAUAGGAAAUAAUUGAAUUGAGAUUUCUACAUAUCAUACUAUACCUAUUUUAAAUUAAAUGGCAGCUGGGCAUGGUGGUG